AAUCAAACAAAACAAUCAGAAAUAACAGGGAUAAAACCCAGGGGACAACUAAACCCAACGAAGUUGAAUAAUAUAAAACUGGAUGUGAUACAAAGACAAAAGAAUAUCAUUGUUGCAGUGUCACGAUGCCUUCGAAGUUCAAAAACACGUUAAAACACACUGGCCACAAUUUCCAACACUCAUACUCGAACAAUAUCUGCACGCCUACAUCAUUACAUCGACACGAUUUCCGUGCACCUGGGACGCGCGACUUGCAACACAAGAUCCUUGAUAAAAGAAGUCCUAAGGUUGAGAAGCCAAAUAUAAUCUGGGGAGAUGACAUACCGGAAAGAAGGACCUCGUACAACAUUCACCAUUGUGAUCCUGCAAUACAAAGUGGAAUACGAUCGAGUCGGGCCCCACCACCAUUAGGCGCAGAGAUUCUUCCUCCACAGAACAGCCAUCCUACUGGACACGUAGCUCAUUGUACAAUGCGGGCGGAGUACCCUUAUCUGGGCCAUGAGGUGUCACAGCAAAUAUUUACAGAUAGGAGAAAGGAUCUUCAACUCAUCAAAAAAGUACAAACGACAGACUCAGUCCACGCGAGUCAGCAAGGUGCAAAGCGAAAGAUGAUGAGCCGUGUGAUGAUCGAUUAUACUGUUCCAGCGGACAGAGUGAAGGGGGACAACAUCAAGGCAAAGAUGGUUCAAACGAUAUCGCCAUACGUAAGAGAAGACAGCAUUUGGAACAGCAUUGGAGGACGUCUCGGUGAGGGAAAGCGGCUCAAUUACAAGACAAUACAGACACUAAACUAUAUAUGGCCUCCACAAAGAGGCACAAAGGCCAACAGAUAUGAAAUGGUGAAAGUAAGAUAGGAUAGGAUAGGAUCGUUGGAACCGAGUGUAAUACUCUCAUACACUCCCCUCCAUAAGUUUGACAACUAGAAGCCCCCUUUUAAGUGACCUAUCAAAGCCUGCUUAUACUUGGCGAUUUAAAAAAUUCAUCAGAUUUGUAAUAAAUUUCCAUUUUUGUUAUUCAGGAACAAAAUUAAGAUUCAAAUAUCAAAUGCUUCGAUAUGUUAUACUAAUGGAGGUGAGUGUACGUAUUUGGCAGUUAUACACAAUGAAAAAUAACAACCACCUCUGGGCAAAAUUAUUUGAUACUGGAAAUAAUGUAUGUACAUUGAGCAGUAUAAAUUGAAUAUUGUUAUCAGUUUUAUAAACAUGUUGUUAUCUUAUUUGUUUUUUUUGUUAAUUUAUACACUUUUA